UUAAAAAAUUAAGUAUGACCCCGUACCCGACUGUUAUAAAAUUCGCCGGCAGAAUUCUUCUUGUUCUUUGGGCUCUGUAAAAACACGAAACAACCAAUCAAAAAACACAAUUAUUUUUUAACCUUCAUCCUGCAUCUUCCAAUCUCUCACUCAUCAAGAGAUACAAACGAAUCGACUUCAUAAAAUUACAGAUAAACCCUCUUUCCAGAUCUUAACGCUCAUUUGUGAGAUCUUAUUUUACUCGAGGUAAAUGUUUAAAGAAAGAGCUUGAAGGUUGAAGGACAUGUCUUUUGAAUCAGGCUUGGAUAAUUAAAGGAUUGGAACAUCGUGUUGAUUUGAUCUUAGUGUUACUCUAUAGUUUUGAGGUUAAUGUUCUCAAAAGAGACAAUUUCAUUGGAUAUAAGCGUGUGAUGUAUUAUCUUUAAAUGAAGGCAGCUCAGGCAUGGCGUAUAGGCAUGAAAGACACAAAAAUCUUGCCUUUGCCACGUCAUCGUGCUCGAUUAAAGAAACCAACUUGGAUUAUUAUAUUGGUUGUGUUUGUUUGUGUUUUCUUGAUUUUUGCUUAUAUUUAUCCACUUCAAAAUUCGGGUGCGUGUCAUAUCAUUAUGUCAUCUAGUUGUAACACGUUUUCUAGUUGGCUUCCACCUCCUGCAAGAGAACUUAGUGAUGCUGAGAUUGCUUCUCGUGUUUUUAUCAAGAAUAUUUUGAACACACCAUCAAUUGAGUCGAAUAAUCCCAAGAUUGCUUUCAUGUUCUUGAGUGUUGGAUCAUUGCCUUUCGAGAAGUUGUGGGACAAAUUCUUUCAGGGACAUGAUGGUAGAUUUUCCGUCUACAUUCAUGCAUCAAGAGAAAAACCCGUCCAUUCUAGCCGUUACUUCAUCAACCGGGAAAUUCGCAGUGGCAAGGUAGAUUGGGGGAAAAUUUCGAUGGUUGAUGCAGAAAAACGACUUUUGGCAAAUGCACUAAAAGAUUCCGACAAUCGUCAUUUUGUAUUACUAUCCGACAGUUGUGUACCCUUGCGGGAUUUCGACUAUGUGUACAAUUAUCUUAUGUACACAAAUGUCAGCUUCAUUGACAGGCACAAAGUGGCCCACACUGCAUCUGAUAAGACUCAAACCCUCGCCUAUUUCUCCAAAGAUACUACUGCCUGCUUUGAGGAUCCUGGUCCACAUGGAAGUGGGCGAUACUCGGAACAUAUGUUGCCUGAAGUUGAGAAGAAAUCUUUUCGGAAGGGCGCACAGUGGUUCACAAUGAAGCGCCAACAUGCGAUCAUAGUUAUGGCCGAUAGUCUCUACUACACAAAAUUCAGGCAUUAUUGCAGGCCUGGUAUGGAAGGGCGCAAUUGCUACGCCGACGAACAUUACUUACCAACCUUUUUUCAUAUUCUCGAUCCAAAAGGGAUCGCAAACCGGUCAGUAACACACGUUGAUUGGUCCGAAGGAAAAUGGCAUCCAAAAUCUUACCGAGAAAAAGACAUCUCACACCAACUAAUCAAAAACAUUACGUCGAUCACCAAGAGUGUUCAUGUUACAAGUGAGCGAAAGAAGAAAACUAUGAUUACGCCUUGUAUGUUGAAUGGGAUCAAUCGUCCAUGUUACUUAUUCGCAAGGAAAUUCUUGCCCGAGACUCAAAACUCCAUGAUAGACCUUUUCACACAUCAGACAAUGUUUUGAAAUUUUUGUUACAAUUUUUUUCCUUUUGUUGUAAAGCUUUUUCGAAUGAACUUCAUUUUUGGCCAAUUAUUUAGUGGUA